AGUCGCAUACUCAUCAGCGUAAGAGCAGCAAGACCAUGUCUUCAACUGCGACUCUCAUAGGUUCCGUUUCAACCACACCACACUUUUCAUCUUCAAAUACAACAACCAGAACAAGAUUCAGAACCAGAACCAGAACCAGAACCUUCUCCUCUACACCUCAAUCGUUGAACCACUCAUUCUUCAGGCUCACCAACGCUCCUUCCAAGCGAGCUUCCUCUACUCCCUUCCAUGGAUUCAAGCGAUUUUCCCCUGUCAUGGAGUGGCAGGACUGCACGGUUAAGACGGAGGUCGAUGUGCCGGUCUCGGUCGCCUAUGCUUGUUAUUCGGAUCGCGAAGCCAUUCCUAAUUGGAUGCCCUUUAUUUCCUCUGUUAAGAUAUUGCCUGACAAACCUGACCUGUCAAGAUGGUCGUUGAAUUAUAAGGCAUUUGGUCGUGACAUUGAAUUCUCUUGGCUUGCUCGUAAUAUGCAGCCCAUUCCAAAUCAGAAAAUCCAUUGGCGAUCGCUGGAAGGUCUUCCAAACAGAGGUGCUGUUCGAUUCUAUCCAAAGGGCACAUCAUCAUGCGUAAUUGAACUUACGGUCUCGUAUGAAGUCCCCCAACUUUUAGCUCCGGUGGCUUCGGCACUACAACCUUUUCUUGCAAAUUUGCUUGAACGUGGUCUGGAACAAUUUGCUAGGUUUGCAAAAAGCUACACCUGAUUUUAUUAUUAUUGUUGUAGCUGAUUUUUAGAACGGGACUAAACUUAAAAUUUUGCAUAUAUAAAUAUGCAUACAUUGUUUUCAUUUUUUCAUGGCUGUGCUAACUCAUUGAAAUUAUGGUCUUAAUGCCAAAUAAAGGCUUCAAACGUAAUAAUAUCAGAAUACUGUUGUGAAAUCCGCAAAACCAGCGUUGUUCUUUAGGGUAUUUCAAACUUUAAUAAGAAAUAUUUGCGAGUUUACUUUGUUUAUGAGUAAAUGGUCAAAUUAGUAUGUGAAAGAUCACGUGAUCUCCAAAUUAGUCCUCGAAAGGUUUUCUUUAAAUCAAACUCAUCCUUAAAUUAUUAGAAGUUAGUCGUAUUAGUUCUUCCGUCACUUUUCUUGCUAACGGUGUGAACUAAAGUUGACCAAGCACGUCAAGUUACACCUCAGUGCAUAAAAGAAUAUUGUUUUACCUUAUGGAGAGCUGAGUGCAUCAAAAAGGGCAUCGAAUCAUUGGUUUCCAAUCCUUCACACUCUACCUCAUUUCACUUCCCUCACUCAAAAAAACUCUAUGUUUCACCUGGUGGAAAGCGUCCAGCAAAAGAGGAGGGGAGGCAAGGCGGUGGUGGAGGUAGAACAGAGCACGAAGACGAUGAGCAGAAUCGGUAAUGACAACGGCGACUCCAUUAGCUUCUUCUCCCUUGGAUGGUCAUUUUUUUAAUCAUCAUUUUUAUUUAUAUUGUUGUCUUAGAAGAGUGAAGAGGAAGAAGAAUGAAGAUGAUGAUUGGGGUUUCUGAGCUGGGCUGGGAUUGAAGUUAGAGGACUAAUUUGAUUUAGUUUUAUAAAGAGUUAAGUAAGAUUGUAAUUUCUAAAAUAUAGUUCGAAAAUUUUUUUUCUCUCCAA